UCUUUUUAAAACGCAGUAACUCCACAGUCGGUUGGUUACAGUUUCCCGUUUUUUGCCAAUUCAAAAAACUGCGACUCAUACUGGUUUUGCACUAAUUUAAUUACAAACUAAAGUGACGUCAUCUCUUGCCGCCUCAACGGUCAUUUAAUUCAAAACUGCUGGCGGUAUAGCUAGCUGACUGCUGGGUUCAAUUGAAUGGCUCCUCUCAAAUUUGCCAUUAAGUGUGGGAACUUUGCCGUGCUGGUGGAUCUCCACGUUCUGCCCCUGGGCGGCCAGGAGGACGCCGGCUGGUUUCCUGCGGACCACAUUCAGGAGGUUGCAGUCCUGGUUCGCGAUGCCGUGGACCAGAGGGUGAAGCAGUACACCGAGUCCUUCCACAAUGGAAGGCAGCACAAACAGAAGAAGGAGCUGGCGCCUGCUGCAGCCUUUUUCGUGAAAGGAAAAAACUUCAACCUGGCGGCCAAUUUCCUGAAGAGGCACUUCCACCUCAGAUGUCUCGACAAGCAGCUCUAUGGUGGUUUGCGUGUGUUUCCUGAGCGGUACGUUGUGUGCGCGAGCUGCCCGGAGGAUGCCGCAGCGCACCAUGGAAACCCGAGCAUGGCCGCGAACCAACUGGGCGAACAAAGCCGAUCAGAAUAUUUUUCCAGAAUGGGAGAAACCCAAGAGCCUUCACACAGCCCCACAAAAACAAAGAGGACUGUGCUUCAAAAGAUAGCCAAACAAGUCCAGCAAGAUUCUGGUUCCGGUGAGGGGGAACAGAAGAUUGACCAAAGAGGGGAAUUUAGAGCUGCAGAGUCCGAAAUAAUCCCAAAAGAGACUGAAUCCAGCUCUGGACAGAAGGCCCUCCUGGAGGCAGACCACAAGACUCCUUGUCCCAGUGCCUUACAGGAAGCUCAGAUCGGGGAUGCUUCACAGCACGGCCUGAACCAGGAGAAGCAGGCAGAGAACAGUCCUCGAGACAGCGUCGACCCAAAUGGGGCCUCAGUGGUUUUCUGCCAACUUGAAAUGAGUCAGGAGACGAGAAAGAGCAAGAGGGCCACGCCAAGCGAUGCAGGGGAAGACCUUCUCCCACGGCGGGCCAAAAGGACGUGCCUUGGAAGGCCUCCAGCCACAAUGCAAACACCCGAGCGCGACCUUCUUCCUCAGCCGCCUUUUCCUGCGGGCCAAUCCGAGGCGACCGCACUGGAAGGAGAGCGGCUCGCUCCAGAACCAGCGUCCCACAGGCUCCCCCUCACAAGCAAUAACACGGCACAGACAAACCAAAACAGGCUGGCCACAAGUCUGAGGGGUCUCUCUGUCAAGCCGGCAUCCUCCAGCUCCUCGAUUAGUUCCAGAUCCACACUCGGAGAGGGGGGGGGCGGAAAUGUGCCUAGAGCCUCUAGAUUACGACGCCUGAAGAGGUGCUGAGGGGGAGCCAAGCUACAGAAGAGAUGCCUGACGCCACGAGAGAUGAUGUUUUGUCAGGCUACACGUUUACCUCACACGACUUGCAUUUGUACACGUGUCACGUUUUAUUACCAUGUCGGUCCUGUUCGCUGACGCGAUGCGUGUGAGCGUUACGCUUGAAGCAGGCUUUGCCCCCCCCCCCCUUGCUGGUGGUCAAGGGAGACUCGCUAAUGAAAGUCAAAAAGCUUUAAUCUGGGUUUGUGUUAAAUAUUGGGGGAUUUCAGACAGGCGGGAGCCACGCGCGACGUCAUGGCUUCCAGUCUGAAAUACUGGCUCCUACGUGUCUGAAAACGCUCCACUUUCCCCGCUAUAGCUUCGGUCUGAUUGAUUGCCGUCUCCAGACAUAUUUCAUCACCCCAUUCUCCAAAAUGUACUCAUGUUGUUGGAUUUCACUCACGUACAAUUUGCUCAAUGUUUAGUUGCUAAGAGCCCAACAUGUCUAUUUAAAUCGGAGGGUAUUAUGCAGCUUGUGUAUUGAACUUAGACCACAUGUGUGGAUGUUUAAACAGUAUUGACAUUAGUGGGUUUUAUUUGGUAGGACCAGGACAUUGACUGUCUCAGGCUUGAGUGCAGCUGUUGUAGUUGCGGGGGGGGGGCGGCGGCGGCGGUUUCAUUACUCUCGACCCCGGCCCAGAUAGAGGGGUGACGGGGCGACUGAGGGGCCAGCAGUCACUCAUACUCCUCACGUUAAGCCCAGAAUGUUUCACUUGAUGACAAGUUUCCCGACUACAUUACUCCUGACAGUAUUUUUAUUUUACUGGAGAGCCAUAAAUUAGUUUUUUCCCCAGCAAAAAUAAAUAAUCUCUGAAUCGAUGUGGAAAUGGGUCGAGUAUUCUCUGGAAGCAGCCGGCAUGCAGAUCUCUGCGCAUUGUAUUCAGCUCCAGACUGGCUGAUGUUGGUGGCGAGUUGACAGCGGCGGCCUGCCCAACAGCUCACUAACUUGGGUUACUAAUAAAGCGCUUGGCCGUCUUUCAGGGAGCGUAACCCGAGAUGAGCCAAUUCUGUCCUUAUCAAGACAACAUGGUGGAUUAGCGAUGCUGACCCCACCGUUUUAAGUCCUUGUAUGGUUUAAGGUCGAGGUGUUGAUAAUCUCUUGCUUUGGAUUUAAUCCUUUUAAAAACAUUCGGCGGAGAAGUUAAUCAGUUGUACUCCAUAGCGCGGGCUCGCUAGUUUGAAAGGUUUUACUUUAGGGUGCUACUUAAAACAAGGGCAACAUUGUCAGAAGAUCAUGAGGAGAAAGGUAUUUUUGUCUCCAU